AAAUUCACAAUUUCAAAAGGAAUAUAGCUUGAACGAGAUUCUGAGUGCACGUGUAAUUCACGAUUUUAUGGGUCUUCUGGAAUGCAGUCCAACAUCAGAUGGUGCAGCAGCAGUAAUUCUGUGUAGCGAAAAAUUUUUGAUGAAAUUUCCCCAUCUCUCCAAACAAGCUAUUGAAAUUUUUUACUAA